AUGCGGUCCAGGACAGAGCCUCGGGGCGAACCUGUAGUUGGUGGGCAUAACUUGGAUGAAGAUGUAGCAAAGGAGACAGGUGAUGGGAUUCAAACCCAGCAGAGCUCCAGCUGCCAGCGGUUCUUUAAGCAGGCUGCCAUCUUUUUGAAGCCCGGACUUGUGGACAGGCCUUUUUGGAGAACUCAGGCCAUUUCUGCAGCUCUCGCGCUGUUCUCCGAGAUCCCCGAGGUGGCUCUGGGCGCUGGCCCCGCCCCUGCCCUCCCCUCGGGGCUGGGCCCGGGCGGCACGGGGCGUCUGCUCUGUCCCAGCAGUGCCUGCAGCCCGCUCGCCCCGCUCCUCCUCCUCCUCUUCCUCCUCCCCCUCCUCCCCCCCGCCACCGUCGCCGCCGCCCCAGGACUCAGCCGAACCUCCCCAGAAGCCGCCGCCGCCGCCGCCGCCGCCCUCAGGAUGGUGAUCCGCGUGUACAUCGCGUCCUCCUCCGGCUCCACCGCGAUUAAGAAGAAACAGCAAGAUGUCUUGGGCUUCUUGGAAGCAAACAAGAUAGGAUUUGAAGAGAAAGAUAUCGCAGCCAAUGAAGAGAAUCGGAAAUGGAUGCGUGAAAAUGUACCUGAAGAAAGUCGUCCAGCCACGGGGAACCCGCUUCCCCCUCAGAUCUUCAAUGAGUGCCAGUACCGUGGGGAUUAUGAUGCCUUCUUUGAAGCCAGAGAAAAUAAUGCAGUGUAUGCCUUUUUGGGCUUGACAGCCCCACCUGGGUCAAAGGAAGCCCAAGCCCUGGCACAGCAGCAAGCGUGAACCCUUCUGCCUUCUGGCCCUAUGCCUCCUGUGAGGGAUUCGCCACCGCAGUUGCUUUUCUAAAAUAGCAAAAUGAUCUUGGCUUCCGGAAAACAAUAGGCUUCAUGUCUCCAGCAUCAAUUUGUUGCUUGGUGUGCUCGGCGUCCAAACGAUAACCAAUGGAAUACAUGAUUAAAAUGUGAAUGUUAUAUGGUUAGAGCUUCUGGGAGAUGAUUAUUGUAAAAUUACAAGUAGAUGUGAUGGAGUGGUGUUGUGAUCUGUCUGGGCAUCCGUGACCCCUCCCCCCCUUUUUUUAAUCGUAGUGCAAAAACCUCUUUUUUAUGUUAUUAUUUUUAUUGUUACUGCAGCUUAAAUAUCUCUAGAGCUCCUGUUGUUAAGCAUAUGAGAAACCAAAAUAAAAUGGGGAGGGGAAGAGGAUCUGUCUAAUUGAUUCGAUGCCUCGGUGCCCUCCUGGAUUUUUCCAAACAAGUACUUGUGUACAAUUUUGAUGUGUUUCUAUGGUGAUUUUUAAAGAAGCCAUAAGCAAUGUUUAUCAUUUGGCACUUGUCAUGAUGACUUAUGGCCAUUCCGAUAUUCCAGUUCUUUUGUAGAUGGAAGCUGUGUACUGUGCAUGGCACAUACUCUCGGGGCUCCUUAGCGUAGCCCUGUGUUGCUCAUUUUGGCGAUCAACAGAAAGAAACCCCUUUCCACUGAAAAGUCAGAAAAACAUCCAGGUGACGGGUCCCUUGCCUGACUCCCCCCCGCAGCUGAGGCUUAAUCUUCUCUUUCAAGGUUGUGUGUGCAAAGACUGGUCUGUGUCUGAGCAUUGGGCCCUUGGGCUUUGAGUCAACAUGGGUGCUACAGAAUCCUUCAAUUACGUGGCUGAAAACAGGCAGAAAAUCAUUGCCCAAGGAGCCUGAGUUUCCAUGGGAGGAGCUAAGAAGCAAACGUUCCCCAGGUGAUGAUUGGUACCGUGGCUUUGUAGAUUGUUGUUUUUUCCCUUUCAGUUUUCAAACGACACAUCACCAGGGCACUAAGCUCCAAAAAUUGGCAAAUAGGAAUUAGAAACUCAACUGUGCAAAUGCAUUUUCUUAGCACGUGAAGCAUAUUUUUUCAUGAGUACAUUAAGUUUAGAUAGAUUUAUCUUUUCUACACUUCAAUAAUAGCAAACGUCCAAUAAGAGUAUCCAUUCAACCAAGGGACCAAUUUAAAACCAUAACCCUCGAGGCUGAUAAAAGGGCAAGGAGCUAUAUGGCCUCCAUCACUUACUUAGGGAGCAGUUUUCUUACCAUAGAGCCUUUGCUACUAAAAGCACCCCAUGGGCACCCCCAUUUUCCCUUAAGUGACUUUCUAUUACCCUGCGCCGUAUGCAUUGCUGUGUUGUUUGCCAAAACCAACAUGUAAUGAAUAUAUGGCAUUGUUUAUGGAGGUUCAACACAGGCACAGUGCUUUAAAGUGAGAUCAACAUUUUUAGAAACAGAAAUUACAGACUGCUGGGGAUCUGAAAUGAAUAGGAGUAAUGCCAGAUGAAUAGUAUGUGGUUUCUUCUGAGGGGGAGGGAGGGGAACAGGAAACAGUGGAAAGAAAACUGUUUAAAUAUUCCUUUCUAAGUUUGCUCGUCAGGCUUCUGAAGUUGCCAUCAACAAAGACAUUUCAAGAACAAA